UGUGAGCAGCAGUCGUCGCCACUGUGCGUCGCUGAAGAUGUUGCAGCAGCAGCAGCCUCUGACGGGCAGCGGGCCCUCCAGCGGCCGGGGACUCGGGUUGAGCGGCCACCCCGUGAUGCACGCUCUCAACUCGGCCCACCCGGCGGCCCGGCGCCGGUCCGACGGAGGGGACGCGGGCCUCGAGGGCUCGGAGAACGGACACCCGGAGUCCCGCAGAGACAUCGGGGACAUACUGCAGCAGAUCAUGACGAUCACAGACCAGAGUCUGGACGAGGCCCAAGCGAAGAAACACGCACUCAACUGCCACCGCAUGAAACCCGCGUUAUUCAGCGUGUUGUGCGAGAUCAAGGAGAAAACUGGUUUGUCAAUGAGGAACAACCAGGAGGAGGAUUCUCAAGAUCCUCAGCUGGUGCGAUUGGACAACAUGUUGUUGGCUGAGGGUGUGGCCGGGCCGGAGAAAGGUGGCGGUGCCGCCGCCGCCGUGUCGGCUGCCACCAGCUCGGGAGGGAUGUCGCCCGACAGCACGCUCGAGCACUCCGACUACAAAAGCAAGUUGAGCCAGAUUCGCGGUAUCUACCACAGUGAGCUGGAGAAGUAUGAGCAGGCGUGCACGGAAUUCACCACCCAUGUGAUGAACCUGCUUAGGGAGCAGUCUCGCACGCGGCCCGUGACCCCGCGGGAGAUCGAACGCAUGGUGGCCAUCAUUCACCGCAAGUUCAGCUCCAUCCAGACGCAGCUGAAGCAGAGCACCUGUGAGGCCGUCAUGAUCCUGAGGUCCCGCUUCCUGGAUGCUAGGCGCAAGAGGCGUAACUUCAGCAAACAGGCCACCGAGGUCCUGAACGAGUAUUUCUACUCCCACCUGUCCAACCCUUAUCCCAGCGAAGAAGCCAAAGAGGAACUCGCCAAAAACUGCUCAAUCACCAUCUCUCAGGUCUGCAACUGGUUUGGCAAUAAGAGAAUCCGCUACAAGAAGAACAUUGGCAAGUUCCAAGAGGAGGCCAACCUCUACGCCAUGAAGACGGCCUUGGUGGUCAGACCGGGCGACGACUCCCCGCACACUCCCAACUCUACAGGAUCUGGAUCCUUCUCUCUGUCGGGGUCAGCUGACCUUUUCCUCGGGGCUCCACCGGUGAAUGGAGAGCAGUCCGCCUACCAACUGGGAGCGCAGGCCAAUGGGAACUGGCCGGGUCGGAACUCGCCCCCUGGUGGCACCUCGCCCCACAGCGACCACUCGGAGAACUCUGACUGAUGGCCCCGCCCACUGGCACAGAAUGACAGCGACGGAAAGAUUGACGAUGGAAAAAGACAGAAAGAAUGAUAUCACACUUCCCACUUGGCUGCAGUUGUUUUGUAUGUGUGGUUGGUUUGAUUAUUAUUGUAUAUGUUCGUUGUUUCUUUUUCUAACUGCUCAGUGGAGGGGGAAGGGGGGGGGUCAUUAUUAUGUUUGUAUGAUUAGCAGAGUGCACGGAUGGUAGAGUGAAAAUGUGUGUGUGUGUGUGUUGUGUGCAUGCAAGUGUGGUUUUAUUAUGGGGGUUGUAAGGUUUCUUUUCCACUACUUUUGACAUGUUACUGAGGUGUUGGUGGUUGGGAUGGGGGGGGGGGACACACAUCACCGUUGUUUUUAACACACUAUAUAUCGUUAUUAUUAAUAUUAUUGCUGUUUUAUUGUUCGUGCUACAACUGUUUUCAUUUUAACAGCUCAGAAAAAGAGCGAAUGCAUUUAGCGAAUGAGGGGGCAAUAGAGAAAAAUCCAAAGAUUUUGUGCGUUUGUUUCUCUGUUCUGUUUUUUGUGUUUCUACCGGACUUACGUGUCCCUGUAAAAUGAACGAGGUGAGUUUGAGUCCAUAUCAGUGGUUUGAAUGAGUAUAUCAAUAGUGCUGUUCUUUGUUUCUGUACAGUGAAACACCUGUAUUCUCUCUACCUCUUUUACAAUAAAGACUCUGUAUUCACAUCCA